GUUCCUCGUGUGCGCUAUUUACAAGCGAUCGUUUUCCUGGCUUUGCUGACUGGAGAUAUUCUUGGGGAAGAUCAUGAAUGCGUACGGCGUGUUGGUAAUGUUCUCUCUAGGAAUGAUCGUGCUACCUGUGGGCGGUUUCUUCCUGUCCAAAGCAAUCCUGUUCGAAGUUGACACCCUAAUUAUACAGAGAGAAAGGAUUGGUGAAGCGGAUGGUUGGCUUGUCUUUGAGUCAGUUUCUUCCCCUAACACAGGCUAGCUGCAUGAACACGGGUAAAGAGACCAUCACAUGAAAAUCAUGAAGGAAAACACUUUUUUUCACAACACUCACACAAAAUAUAUAAGAUACUGAUAUACACAAAAUGAGACAAAUUAAGUCUGUGUUAGUUCAGUAAAACUGUACAUGACUUCCA